CGCGAAAUCUAUAGCAGGAAGAGAGAGGAACUCAAACGGAACGGAGAGUUUGGUUUUGAAUCAAUCAAACUAAAUUCCGUAAUCUACAAACAUCUACAUUAACAUGGCAGAUCCGAAGGAAACGCCAGAAGAGCAGGAGACUUCAACAGACAAUGCAGAAGAAUCAAACCACGAUCCCCAUUAUGAGCCCAUCGUGUCUCUUCCAGAGCAGGAUGUGAAGACUCUAGAGGAGGACGAGGAGGAACUGUUCAAAAUGCGUGCGAAGCUCUACCGUUUUGCCUCUGAGAACGACCCACCAGAGUGGAAGGAGCGCGGCACAGGCGACGUCAAGCUCCUUAAACACAAAGAGAAGGGCACCAUCCGCCUAUUGAUGAGGAGAGACCGGACCUUGAAGAUCUGUGCCAAUCACAACAUUUUCCCUGUGAUGGAGCUGAAGCCCAACGCUGGCAGUGACAGGGCCUGGGUAUGGAACACACUCGCUGACUUCGCUGAUGAGCAUCCCAAACCUGAACUCCUGGCAAUCCGUUUCCUCAAUUCAGAAAACGCUCAGAAAUUUAAGGUGAAGUUCGAUGAAUGCAAGGAGGAAGUCAGAAAAUCUCAAGAUGGAUCAGGAGAAAACAUUGACCGCGCAAACAAAGUGGCAGAGAAACUGGAGGCACUAUCUGUAAAGGACGACAAGACCAAGACACCAGAGGAAAAGAAAGAGGAUCAAAGGGAGGAAAAAGCAGCAGCAGAAGAGAAGAAAUGAAUCCAAGUGAACUUGCUUUACUGAUCUUCAACGUGUCUUUUUCCUUUUUUUCUACCAUAGACUAAAGAAACUGAAUUUGGACUCUUGCAUAUUGAUUUAUUUAGUAGUUUUUUUUUAAAUGAUUUGUUUGCCUGGAGAGAUCGCAAGACCUUGGUGGCACUCUAAAAAAAAGUAUCCCUUCAUUAAAAUGUGCCGCUCCCCACCCGCCCUCUUUUUUUCCAUCAUGGAAAACAAGUUGUCUGUUCUGCUCAUCUGUGUCAACUUGACAUACUGUGAAAUGAGGCUUGUGAUAUUGGUAAUUCCCACAUUGGGUAAGUCUUUUUUGUGUUCUUCUGAAUGAAGCAAAGUUAGUUUAUAGGGAAUAGGACUGCUUGUUAGUGCCUCAAGUAUGAUGGAAAACAGGCAGAGAGGAGCUGUAAUGUCUUGGUAUGCAUCUCAAUAUGGAGGCUUCCUCUCUUGGUAUUCCUCUCCUUCGUCUUUACUGAUCUGAAGACAGACAAGGUGAAAAACCUAAUUUUAUUUGUCACAUGUGUCGAAUACAACAGGUGUACACUUUACUGUGGAAUGCUUACUGCCCUUCGCAACGAUGCAGAGAGAAAAAUAGUAACACGAGGAAUAAAAUACACAAGAAUGAAGCUAUAUACAGGGAGUACCAGUACCAGAUCAAUGUGCAGAGGUAUGAUGUAUUUGAGGUAGAUAUGUACAUAAAGGCAGGGCAAUAUGGUGGAUGCUUACCAGGCAGAAGUUUGCUUUCACCUAUUUGCUGUCAGGUUCAGAUGAAGGAGAGGAAAUGAAUGGAGGAAGACACUUUGGACCAUUGCGACGCAGCUGUAGCUUGGUAACGUGAGGGUGCAUUUUGGGAACUGAUUACCAGUACCAUAUCAGUGUGCAGGGGUAUGAGGUAUGAGGUAGAUAUGUACAUAAAGGCAAAGCAAUGUGGUGGAUGCUUACCAGGCGGGAAUUUGCUUUCACCUGUCAUUUUCUGUCAGGAUCAGAUGAAGGAGAGGAAAUGAGUGAAGGAAGACACUUUGGACCAUUAAGACGUAGCCGUAAGACACUUUGGACCAUUAAGACGUAGCCGUAACGUGUUUAACAUCAGGUGCAUUUUGGGAACUAGUCCUCUGCUCGGAUCAGUUAUCAGUGACUCGUAUCUAAGAUGUCCUACUGCUGAUGAUAUGAUGCCCAUAAUUCAACAAAUCAGAAAGGUGUUUUUGAUUUUGUUUCAUUUUUAGUUGUUGAAGACUGAUCACACCAUAUCAAAAUUAAAUACAAUGGUUCAUAAGACUUUGGUAUAGGCUACAGUACGUUCUGGCUUGGUUACCCUUCCCGGUGGCUCAAGUUUGUUUUUAGGUCAAAAUACAUUCCCUCAAACUGAAACUAAAGCAUGUAGAAAAUGUAUAGUGCAAGAGUGUAAUGAUGUGGAAUCAGCUGUGCUCACCAUUCUGACCUGUACCUACUGAGUUGACCCUGCCCCUUAGGUGCAUCGACGUGCCAGUGCAUCUGUAAAUACAUGUACAGGCUGGAAUGUUGCUUUUCAUUUGCACUCAUAUGGUUUGAGAUGUUUCCUCCAUCUUCCAAUAAAAGCUCUCAAAGACCA